AGCCGUCCGGCUCCAUGUGAGAUGGGUCUCCGGGGCUGACAACGUAGCUGCAGGAGACAUUGAUGUCUCUUGCUCGAUUCUGGGUUUGCCGCUUGGUCUUGGCCCUUUUCUGUUGCCCAGUGCUGGGCUACAAGUUGAGGAGCAAUCUUUCGCAAAGCGACUUCAAGCCAGCUCGAGAGGAGCUGGGAGUUGUAUGGCAACACUGUGCAGUUGAAGGUUCCGAGUGCCCAUGUAGUGGCCUGGUGCGUUUUGGUGAAGGUGAUCGCUGGGUUGCAGCAGAACAUGCUGAAGGGAAGUUGAUGUGCAACGUGUCAACCUUCCAAGAAGAUCCGGCCUUCAAUCGGCGGAAGGAAUGCUGGUGUGCUGUCGGACAGUCAGGACAAACAGCACGGGCAAGUGCUGGAAGUGCUGCCAUUGUCACCCUGAGUCGACAUCCUCCUGACCUCAACACAUGGAUCAGGUAUCAUCUGCAUUACGCUGGAGUGGAGCACAUCUUCAUCAAGUCUGAGGACUCACCCGAAACAGCGGAGCUAAUCCGACAGCUUCCUACAGAGGAUCAGGCCAAGGUCACUCUUUGGGAAUCUGCAGCAAGCCUUCUUGGAGUCUCUUCUAGCGACUCGCGGCCCCAAGAUGAUUACACAACUCUGCAGGCCCGGCAAACUGCUGUCAUGGCGAGAGCCAAGCAAGCCUGCGAAGAGAUGCACAUUGAUUGGCUCAUCCAUAUUGAUGACGAUGAGCUCUUGUAUACACCGCAACACCGGAAGAUCGGGGACUUGCUAGCUGCAGUGCCCACAGCCUUCCUUCAGGCAUACUUGCCAAACGUGGAGGCGGUGUACAAAUCUGCCGAGGUACAGAGCUGCUUCAUGCAGACUGACAAGGUCAACGUGAACCGCUACAAAUUUCAGUCCUAUGCCAACGGCAAAUCUGCUGUCCGGGUGGGCGCCAAAGAGGUUCGACCUGCUGGUCCACAUCUUUGGCGAGAUGGGCUCAACCAAGACUUACCAUCUGUGCACAUGGACCAGGAACCUUUUGGACCUCCAAUCAUUGUCGUCCACUACGAGUCGUGUCCUUUCUCCAGAUGGCAGGACAAGUUUUGGGAACUGGGCAACACAUCUCCUGAGAAAGUGAGUCAGAUUCCCUUUCCCUUCUAUCGCACGUCCAUCAGCAAGAUGCAGAUUUGCAGGAGCAACACCGAAAGCGGCAAGGACGCCCGUGAGCUUGAGAUGCUGGGCUGUGACCAGGCAUCUUUGAUGCAGUUCUGGAGCCAAUGGAAGACAGAAGCCAACCCUUCCCUGACAUUGGAGGACCUGAUGCCUAUCCACAUUCCUUGGGAGAAGAUCGCCUUAUGAAGCAGCUUGAUCUGAAACCAAAA